CACCGCGGCUCUAUCCUCCUCCUUCUCCUCCUCCUCCCUGUCACUGGUCGGCGGGUCCCCUUUCGGCUGGAGAUCGGUCCAGAUCGACCCCGGCCCGGCCAGGCAGCCCUCGCCAUGUCGUACGGGCCCCUAGACGUGUACCGGACGGCGGGGCCUUCGGGCCCGCAGGGCCCCCAGCCCCGGGACUUUGACAGCAUCUUCAAUACUUGCUGCGGCCACAUCCAGAGGAUCAGCUACGCCACUGCUCAGAUCAAGAAUUUGAUGAGCCAACUGGGGACUAAGCAAGAUUCUAGCAAACUGCAGGAAAAUCUACAACAACUGCAACAUUCUGCAAAUCAGCUCGCUAAGGAGACAAAUGAAUGCCUGAAAGAGCUGGGAUCAUUGCCACUCCCUCUGUCGGCUUCAGAACAGCGCCUGCAGAAACUUCAGAAGGAGCGUUUGAUGAAUGACUUCUCUGUAGCAUUGAACAACUUUCAGGCUGUUCAGAGGAAAGUGUCUGAGAAGGAGAAGGAGACUGUCGCCCGAGCGAGAGCAGGAUCCCGCCUCUCUGUGGAGGAGAGGCAGAGAGAGGAGCAGCUUGUCUCAUUUGACAGCAAUGAAGAGUGGAAUCAGAUGCAGUCACAGGAAGAUGAGUUGGCCAUUACAGAGCAAGACCUUGAACUUAUCAAGGAGCGAGAAACUGCGAUCAGGCAACUGGAGGCCGACAUUUUGGACGUCAAUCAGAUAUUUAAAGAUUUGGCCAUGAUGAUCCAUGAUCAGGGAGAUUUGAUUGAUAGCAUAGAAGCCAACGUGGAGAGCUCUGAGGUGCACGUUGAAAGAGCCACAGAUCAGCUACAGCGAGCCGCCUACUAUCAGAAAAAAUCCCGGAAGAAGAUCUGCAUCCUAGUGCUUGUCCUAGCAGUGGCUAUAGGAAUCUUGAUAUUCAUUAUCGUGUGGUUAUCCAAAUGAAGUGGCCGCUUUCCUCAGAGUCCACUCCUGCUGAACAGCUUCCAAGCAAGAGUGUGUCAGCGUCUCCAGAGCAAACCAAUCCCCUCAAGAGAGCAUCCCCGAGCUCCCUGUUAGCAAUCUAGGUAGAAACUAACCGCUGGUGACUAGGACUUGGGAUUGGUGAGCCGUGAAGAUGGGCUUUAUCAGUUUAUGUACAAAUUGUAUCAGUUUUGCAAAUUAGGAAUUAACUUAUGUGGGUUUUUGAUUUCUCUCGUAUUUUGAUUGCUCUCUGUCCCAAAUGUUCACUGAUGAGUGAGUCCUCGAAGAUUCCGUUCUUGAAGUUCUCGUUUGACAGGUAAUACACUACAUUCUUGUGCUAUCGUCUUUUUAUGUGUGUGCCAGAAUGGCCUUUUUACCAGCAACCGGAACAGAAGGAUUUUCUGGCACCCAGUGUAAUGGAGGCCAUCAGGAACCUUUUAUAAACCAGCAAUUUUUCUUACUUGCCAUUUUGAUUUGGAAUUUCCAAGAAAAAUAUUCUCCAUUUGCUUAGGAAGAUUUCAGCCCUGUGUUUUCAGCUGGAAGUGCAAACUGGUCAGUCUUAAUUAAGGGCACACCUCCUAUUUGACUUCGAGUUUCAUCCUUCAGUUUUCUGUUAAGGUCAGUCCGUGGUCGCCUCAUUUGGAUUGUGUUCAGGCAGCACUUUUUGGUUUUCAAAUGAGCUUGUUAAUCAAUAUAUUUAUUAGCACUCCCUGGGGCCCUUCUUUCAUUUAUCUGUAGAAAGCGGAUGACUGAGCAAUCACUCCUGUUUCAAAGUGGCAUUCCUGUAACAAGCUAACUGGGAGCAAACAAUCUGUAGUGACUUAAAUUUACUGUCAUUUAGUUUGUGACUCUGCAUUCCUGGUGAAUGGUGAUUGUUGCUGUCACAAAAUUGAACACCCCCCAGGCCCUACCCCUCAAAAGUUGCUGGGUGUUGAAUGGAAGAGAGAUUUUUUAAGUUAGCCAGAAGUUUUCUUUAAUAACUUGUCCUGUGAACCUGAGGCUAGAGCAGGUAAAAGGUUUGUUUUGUAAAUAAUACUGGUUUGGAAUGGUAAUGCUAACUCGUGAAGCUAAUUUAUGAACAGGAGACUCAGCUCUCUGCAUAUAGUUUAGACGGACGGAAAAUGUUUGAAAUAAACCCACCCUCGUGCCACACAGAUGUGGUCUACUUCCCCUGCGUGUCAGCCUGGGGUGAACGGAGUGAGCUCGACCUUUCCAGCUCUGACCCAAACGUGAACCACACCACCUGAUGAUGAGCUGGCCAGCAAGUGGCCAGUCCAAGUAUAUCGACGUCCUCUGCCCACCCUCAGCCUCUGUUGGUGUUUUUUUAAUCCUCUUUGACUCAUCCAGCUGUGAAAAUUAGGAAAAACAAGGCCCCAGAAUUGCACACAUUUCUUUGCACUAUUGCACCACCAUUCCAUCCACUUAACAUCAAUAAACAUUUUUAAAAGCU